ACUGUUUUUGAGAGGAACUGUCAGUCUGAUGACUGUGCUGCUGAUUUGAAACUUCAGGGUAAACUAUUGCUGUCUAGUGUUGAUGACAGAACUGCCUACCUGGCCCUGGGAGCGGUGAGGAACAUCUCGCUUAACAUUUCCAUCUCUAACGUUGGGGAUGAUGCCUAUGACACCAAUGUUUUCUUCAAUUUUUCUGGAGAGCUCUUCUUCAUCAAAAUGUGGCAAAAGGAGGAACUGGGCAUUGCCUGUGAGUUGCUGGAGUCAGAUUUCCUCAAGUGCAGUGUGGGAUUUCCUUUCAUGAGAUCAAAAUCUAGGUAUGAGUUCAGUGUGAUCUUUGACACGAGCCACUUGUCUGGGCAGGAAGAAACGCUUACAUUCCUUGUCACUGCCCAAAGUGGAAACCCAGAACGCAAUGAAUCUCUGCAUGAUAAUACUCUUACCCUAUUGGUGCCCCUGAUGCAUGAGGUGGACUCGUCAAUCAAUGGAGAAGUCUUCCCUACUUCAUUUUUCUAUGGUGAUUCUGUGGAAGCAUCCAACUUUGUUCAGCUGGAAAACCAUGAAUGCCUUUUCCAGUCUCUCAACUUCACACUGCAGGUUUACAAUGCUGGACCAAGCACUCUCCCUGGAGCUUUUCUUGACAUUUCAUUUCCAAACCGCCUCUCUGCCACUGGAGCUGAAAUAUUUCAUGUUCAGCAGAUGAUGGUUGGUCAGGACAAAGGAAGCUGUUCUUUCCACAGAAACCACAGCCCAUGUGUUGUCCCUCAGGAGAAUGAAAAUAUUUUCCACACAAUAUUUGCUUUCUUUGCAAAGUCUGGCAGAAAAGUAUUGGACUGUGAAAGACCAGGCAGGUCCUGCUUAAUUAUACGCUGCAAUUUAAGCUCACUAGCCAAAGCAGAGUCCUGUGAUAUAAGUAUCUACACACUGCUGAAUACUGAGAUACUCAAGAAGGACAGUUCAUCAGUCAUCCAGUUUGUCACAAGGUCAAGGGUGCAGGUGGACCCUGACCUCAGAGUUGUGGAGGUGCCCAAUGGGAGCCCAGAAGAAAAAGCAGUGGUCUUUGAGGCUUUGCACCAUCUGGAGCCUCGUGGGUAUGUCGUCGGAUGGAUUAUUGCCAUCAGUUUGCUGGUGGGAAUUCUUAUCUUCCUACUGCUGGCUGUACUCUUAUGGAAGAUGGGCUUCUUCCGCCGGAGGUACAAAGAAAUUAUUGAGGCCGAAAAGAGCAGAAAGGAGAAUGAAGAUAGUUGGAACUGGGUCCAGAAAAAUCAGGGAACUGCCUGUGAUAACUAAAGUCCAGUCAUGUGACACGUGCUCACUAGCCUAUAGGUCCUGCUCUCAUAUCUUCCAUAUGUGGAAGAAGAAAUCUUCUCCAGAUUUUUCGGAGACCCCAUUGAUGCUGUGUCUUUAUCACUCCAAAAAAAGCUAGGGAACAUAUCCUGAGGCAACCACUGCAGCAUGUCAGGUGACUGGAGCAAUUAACACUUCAUUUAAGAGUUGAACUUUGAACUUUGGUAACUAAGCUGCAGUGCAGAGCAAUAUUUAUGAAUCCAACUAUGUGGUAUACCCUCAGGGGAAGACUGUUACCUAAAAAUAUUUUUUAUAAAUAUAAGCUUUUUAUAUUGAUUAUGUCUUUAUAUUUGUAUCAAUGUUUUAUAAUUUCUAUUGAAUAGCUAUAUAGUUCACUCAAGCACUGAUAUCUGGCUAAAUCUUUGGAAUUACAUAUAUGUAUAUAUAAAUUUUAUUGUACUUUUAAACUUCAAUGCAAGAGAGAAAAGAGAGAUGUGCAGAUAAAAGUGGCUGAAUGCUACAUAUGCUUAAUUCACAAGGCUUGGUAAUAUUGUAUAUAGAACACUUAAUGGAAAUAAGCCAAAAUCUUUUCACUGUCUCUUUCUUUGAGUUGAAUUUCAUGUUUGAUUUAUAAACUAAAGAAUCUAAAAUAUUUCACAGUUGUGAUGUUCUGUGUCUUGAGUCUGUCCCAAAUAAGAGAGGAUGGAAAUGUGUCCUCUGACAUGUAGCAAGAUGUAACUUUCUUUGUCUCAUUGAAGAAGGCAUCACAGAAUGUUUUCCUUUAGGAAUUGUUCUUUUGCAGUCUCUAGUACUUUGAUAAUAGUGUAGGACUGUACAGUUGAGAUACCAGAAGGAUAUAAUUGGGCCAGCCAUAAUGGCAUUGACAAAUUACUUGGAAUAAAAAAAAAUAAAAAUUAAAUGAAGCCAUAUUAAUAUUAAGAGGGAUAGUUUUUAAGCUACUGUUAUGGAUUGCAAUCUGUUGCUAUCAAAGCAAGUGACAAAUUGCUACAAGCUAUCAGCAUUAUGUCUGCCUUGUGAGUUAAAUACAUGAUCAUGAAUUUGUUUAUAUGAUAAUUUUAAGAGAGAAGCAAGGGUUAAAAUGCUUCGGUCUUUGGAUCUUGAGGUUUCCUAUCUUGGUGUUCCAAG